AUGGAGAAGAAGAUACCGAGAAGACUCGAAGGUAAAGUGGCGAUUGUGACGGCUUCGACGCAAGGGAUCGGUUUCGGUAUCAUCGAGCGUCUCGGCCUCGAAGGCGCUUCCGUCAUCGUCUCUUCUCGCAAACAGGCAAAUGUUGAGGAAGCUGUAGAAAAACUCAAAUCUCAAGGGAUUGAUGCAUAUGGAAUCGUUUGUCAUGUCUCCAAUGCUCAACAUCGCAAGAAUCUUGUCGAAAAGACUGUUCAGAAAUAUGGGAAGAUAGAUAUCGUGGUCUGUAACGCCGCUGCGAAUCCAUCCACAGACCCGAUCUUGUCUAGCAAAGAAGUUGUCCUCGACAAGCUAUGGGAAAUCAAUGUCAAAUCCUCUAUACUUCUCCUUCAGGAUGUGGCUCCUCACCUAGAGAAAGGUUCUUCGGUUAUCUUCAUAACUUCCAUUGCUGGAUUUCAACCACAAGGAGCCAUGGCUAUGUAUGGGGUCACUAAGACAGCGCUUCUCGGACUAACCAAGGCACUUGCUGCUGAGAUGGGGCCAGACACACGUGUCAACGCGGUUGCACCCGGUUUUGUGCCCACACACUUUGCGUCUUUCAUCACUGGAAACUCCGAAGUGAGGGAAGGCAUCGAAGAGAAGACUCUGCUUAACAGGUUGGGAACAACGGGAGACAUGGCUGCUGCGGCGGCUUUCUUAGCAUCAGAAGAUGCUUCUUACAUCACCGGAGAAACUUUGGUCGUCGCUGGAGGAAUGCCUUCAAGGCUUUAA